AUGAAGGAUGGUGAUAAUAGACCGCAAGAUAAAUCCGAUGGGCCUAGAACGAGCGAUGCACCAGUGCCAGCAACAGCACCAACAACAAUUGCCAAGAUUGAAAAUGAUGUCGAGAGCUCUAUCUUGGGAGCUGUAACUAGAAGUUUGGCAUUACAAGCUGGAAACCUUGCCAGGCUGUUCUCGACUACUGGCAUUUUCGUGAUAAAGUGGUGGUUCAGAUCUCCAGCAAAACUAUUUAGACCAUUUGCAGUCAAUCCAUGGACAAUAUUCAAGCAUUUGGCUGAACAUGAAGGAACUCGAUUGACUCCAAAGUUCGUGCAUGGCGUGAUUCAAAAGGAAGGAUUUCCACUCAAUUGGAGGAAUUUUGUGCCAGUGCUUGUGGUGAACUCGAUUGUGGGGAUGGUGCUAUUCAAUGUCUACUCACUGACGCUAGAAAAACUGUCGAAACAUAUAAACCAUGCCUCAUUCAUCGCUGGCGCUGCAGGAGGUUUUGCACAAGCCGUAAUUUCAACUCCACUAGAAAACAUCAUGAAUCUCGUCGGUCGUCACAAGAUCGUCGAAGGCCGAAAAGAAGGAAUUUUAGGAACGCUCCGUAAGGAAUUAGUGAUACAAGUAGAACAAGACCAUUUCAAACGUGGUAAAAUCGUCACCUUGUACAAGGACUUUACAUUUACCGCAAUCAGAGAUGCUUCAUCGUUUGCUCUAUUCUUUGGAGUGUUUGAGACAUUCAAGGAUAUUGGGAAACAGUAUGUCAAGGAGAGUGCAUCCGUGUAUGGUAUUAGUGAGCAGCAUGUAGGGUGGUUGAAUGGUGCUUGUGUUGUUUCGGCUGGUGCUCUUGGCGGGAUAUUUCAUCAGAUGGUUGUAUUUCCUCUAGAACGAUGGAAAUCGCUAGUGCAAGAUGACACGUCGUCACGCUGGAGUACUUGGAUCCAUGUCGCUAGGAAACAGCGGGUUGGUGGUUUAUGGAAGGGUGUAGGGCCACAGCUUUUGCGCGCUACGCCACCUUCUGCGUUGGCCUUGUUUGUAUAUGAGCUGGCACUAUGUCCGUUAAUGAUGAUCGUCAUCGCUGCUGGAUUGGGUGUGUUAAUAACAGGACUCAUUCAGAAGGGAACCACGUACUACGAUGUGUUGUAUUGUGCUUCUAACGGUACUCAGAACUCCUUCUAUCAACCGCUAUACAACGUUUCCCUGCUCAACACUGUGCCCGGGACUGGUUACGUCGGGCUUACUGAAGGCAACGUAGUCGCAUUAGCAGCUUAUUUGUCAUGGGUGUAUUUAGGUGCCAGCACAAACAAUGGUCCUCCAGGAGCAACAGCCCUAGCCUUCCGGAAAGAGUGUGUGUUCUGGUUUGGGGACGAAUACCCAUACGACACAUCCAUCUACGAACGAAACCCAAACGUCUCCCUACGUGUCCAAGUACGAGACACCAUGUAUGCUUCCGAACCUAGGUCUGGAUGGGCACAGGCAGCAGUAACGGCGUCCCAAUCGACCGUGUCGACUGAACAAAGUGUAGUCACGACCUUUACGCAACAGCAAACACGUCCUUGGGCACUGGUGUCUGCAUCAGACAGUGCUCAGGCGCUAUUGGGUAGCAAGCCGUUAUCGCCAAUAUUGAAUGUAACUCAGUUGGGAAUUAUUGGGAAUUCGCCAGCGUAUAAAUAUGCUAAUCAGAGUAAUGGGUUGCUCGAUACCAUCGCAACGAGAUAUUACGCAGACGUAGACUCGUCGUUGAAUUUCAAUGGAUUCCAACCAGUGCCAUAUUUUAACAUCUCAACGAAUAGUAGCAAGACAUCAAACGAUGCCGCAUUAGCAGCAGCUCUGAACCAAGUGAUUCAAGAUAUCGCUGGCGUCGACAAACGUAUCUUGACUACGUCGAAUCCAAAUCCAAUUGAACUGGCCCAAUUCUAUGCAAACAUUGGGAAGCUGUUACAAUCCAUGCCAUACGGAGCGAUCUACAUCGACAAGCUUGAUGCUGUGGCUAAACAGUAUGGAUAUACAUUGCAAUUCGGUACUGAUUUACGAAUUGCUGCUUCAAGUAAUUUCCCAGAGCAAGGGCUCAGGCAACUCAUAAUGAUGACGGAAUUGGACAAUGCGAUAUUGAGAAACAGCAACUCCUCGUUUGGAUCAGCUCAAAUCACUCAAGGUCUCCGAGCAUUCCCACAAAUCAAAUCAAAUAGAUUGGCGUUUGCUUUCUCCGGUCUUAUUGGUCGUAUCAUCUUUCCAUUUGGUGUUUCCUUCCUCCUACCGAUAUAUGUUAUCACCUUGGUGCAAGAGAAGGAAAACAGAAUAUUAAUCAUGAUGCGAAUGGCUGGAUUAAAGCAACUUACCUAUUACGCUGCCCACUUUAUCCAUUUCUUUGUAUUGUUCCUUAUCAAUGCCUUUAUCUUCUUUUUGGCUGGAAAUCUUGCAAAGUUGGAUAUGUUUACCAAAACCAGUCGUGCGUUGCUUAUCAUACUGUUCUUGGAGUGGGGCCUACUUCAGAUAUCUCUUGCGUUUCUUUUUGCUAGUGUGUUUAACAGGAGUCGUAUCGCUCUAGUAAUAACUUUCUUAAUUGUUCUCUGUGGUGUGGUCAUAAGUCUUGUUACUGACAGCCUGUUUACAACGUCGCAAGCACCCUCCGCCUACUUUAUCUGGGGGCCCUUCGCGUUCAUGCGAGCCCUGUCAAUUUUGAACGAGGCUUCGUACACUCAAGGAUUCCGCCCAUACACACUCGACAUGGUUCGCCCCGGCAACGAAGUCUUCAAUGCAAUGAUUUUCAUGGCGGCUGAAAUCCCAAUCUACUUUUUCCUCGCCUACUACCUCCAAAACAUCCUCCCCAACGAAUUCGGAAUUCGAAAACCAUGGCAUUUCAUAUUUACAGAUCCAUUUGCGUCAGCUGCCUCUCGAUCACGAGCACGUAAACAUGGUGGGAUUGAUCCUAAAUCGGAAGAGUACAUGGCGACUGCCAUUGCAAUAGAUGAGAACGAGUUGCAGUUUGAAGAUGCUGAUGUUAAGGCUGAACGUGUACGAGUCGAAUCUGGUGCCUACACUGCCGACACACCGCUAGUGAUGAAGGGCAUGCGUAAAUUAUACUCGCCACGAGCUGGUGGUACCGCUCGUCUUGCUGUCAAAGAUGUCUCAUUAGCUGUCGAAUCGGGAAUUGUUUUCGGUCUUCUUGGCCCUAAUGGAGCAGGAAAAACGACCUUGAUUAACAUUCUAACUGGUGUUUAUGAAGCUUCAGCCGGUGUUGCAACCAUCGCUGGCUAUGAUAUCAAGACCCAAAGUGAUCAAGUGUAUCGACAUUUGGGUGUCUGUCCACAGUUUGAUAUACAUUGGGACGCACUAACUAUUGAAGAACACCUGCUAUUUUACGCACGUCUCAAAGGAGUUCCAACCCGUGACGAGAGGGCUGUCGUUAUAGAGGCUGAAAAGCAAGUCGCUCUUUUCGAGUUACGACAUCGACGUGCAAGUACUUUAUCUGGAGGAGAAAAACGACGUCUCUCAAUAGCAAUUGCCUUAAUUGGAGAUCCAAAAGUCGUAUUUUUGGAUGAGCCCACAACUGGAUUGGAUCCAGAAGUGCGCCGUCUCGUUUGGGAUGUCAUUAAUGAAGCCCGAGUAGGCAAGACAAUCGUGUUGACAACACACAGCAUGGAAGAAGCCAGCGUGCUCGCCCAACGAAUUGGUAUUAUGGCCAAAGGAACGCUUCGAGUGCUUGGAAACCAGCAGCACUUGAAGACCCUGUAUGGGUCUGGAUUCAGGGUGUAUUUCAUUGCGCCGGAGGAACGAGUUGAUGAGGCCAGCGCGUACGUGGAAUCAUUACUACCAGCAGGUUGGCACAAAGUAGACGCAUUCUCAACUAAUGUGUCGUAUGAGUUCCCAUCGACGAACGGAGUCAUUGCAACCCUCUUCAGCGAGAUGGAGGCCAACAAGGAGCGUGUAGGGAUAUCAGAUUGGGGGUGUUCGCAGACGACGCUUGAUGAGGUCUUUUUGAAGAUCAUUAGCGAGGGUGAUGCAGAUGGUGGUGCGUAA